AUGACUUCUCUUUCUCUUCUCUUCGGUCUCUUCAUAAAUUUGGCUACAGAUCCAACCGAGCCUUCGCCCAUAGGUAAUCCGAUUGCACAAGAUAAUACCGUGCUUGUCGGUGUCAAUUUUGAUUUCUACUACGGUGCUCUCAAUCAAAGUUUCCCUAUCGAAAUCAAUGCUCUUUUAAUAACGACGAUCUUCAGAUCUGAUCGUUCCUCGACUCAUCCCGCAUAUGGCGAAACGAGUACAAAAUCUGACAGAUACAUCAAACGGCACCUACAUCCUACAGCAAUACCUCGCUCAGAGCACUGUCAAGGCGGAAACGAGCAAUAUGCUAAUCGCGACGAAUGUAUGACAUUCCUUAAUGGUCUGCCGCUUGUUCAUUGUCACAGGCUGGGAGAAAACAAUUUCGGUUGUCGAUACCUGCAUAUCCCGAUGUUAUCUUUCAGACCUGAUGUCCACUGUCCUCAUGUCGGUCCAAGUGGUGGUGACAUGUGUGUUCCUAGAAACUACACUGAAGUUGUCAAAGCGGAACACUUCCCACAAGGAUUCGCGGCUACCCCUCUUGAGGAUCGCAGAUCGCAGCUCGCACAAACCCGGUCUUGA